AUGGCCGGCCCACCCAACCCUCCCGCCGCUCGCUCCACAGUCCCUCACCCCCUCUCCCGCCGUCGUCCUCCUCCAACCGGCGACGAAGAAACCACCAGCAUCCUCCGCCUAGGCGAAUACACCGACGUCCCCUGCCUCAGCGUCAGCGAAGCCAACACCAUCCUGCAAAAAGUCAUCGAAGCGCGCAACAAGCCUGAUGAGAGCGGGCGCAAACCGCCUGGCAUGCCGAGCUCAGAUGUCUUCACCAAGACGGAGAUCUACUUGAAGCUGUUUGCGCGCUUCAACGGGGAGCAGGCGGUGCAGCAGGUGGAGAGUGUGAGCUCGAAGUUGGUGGGACCGGGAGGCAUUACGGGGUUUGAGAGGGCGCAGCUGGGAACACUCUGCUGCGACACGGUCGAAGAAGCGCGCACGCUCAUCCCCUCCCUCGAAGGCAAGGUCUCCGACGACGAUCUGCAGCAGGUCCUCGACGACAUCUCCAAGCUACGCGACUUCUCAUAG